UGAAAUGCAAACGAAACCCCUAACCUGUCAUUAAAUUCCAUUCCCUCUUCAUUUCUCAUUUCCGAUUCCCAUGGCUCCUCCAAACCUUCUCGGUCCCCCGGAGCUCUACCACGCCGCUGCCCCCGUCUCACUCCAACCAACAGAAUCAACCCCCUCUGGAGACCCCUUCGUCGAUGCAAUGGUCGCCAACUUCAACAAGACCGAUGACAGCCUGCCCCCCAUGGGCUUCACGGAGAAUAUGUCCGCGACCUUUCUCUCCACCGGCAAUCCUUGCCUUGAUUUCUUCUUCCAUGUGGUUCCUGAUACCCCUGCCAAUUCUUUGAUCGACAGAUUGAGUUUGGCUUGGAAUCACAAUCCUUUGAUGACGCUCAAGCUUAUCUGUAAUUUGCGAGGUGUUCGUGGUACGGGAAAGUCCGAUAAAGAGGGAUAUUACACUGCCGCGCUCUGGCUCUACAACUUUCAUCCCAAAACCCUAGCAGGUAACAUUCCUUCUAUCGCUGAUUUCGGUUAUUUCAAGGAUCUGCCGGAGAUACUCUACCGACUUCUUGAGGGUUCCGAUGUGAGAAAGAAUCAGAAGAAUGAGUGGAAGAGAAGGGGGCUAUCUGUCAGGCAUGGAAGGUUCAAGCAAGAGAAGCCGAAGACGAGGAAGAAAGAAAUUCAAUCUUCAACAGACAGGGAGGCCAAUAUUUCGAAGGCAAUGGAGAAAUCGAGAAUAGAAAAAGAGAAGGCGAGCGGUGAGAGGAAGUUAAGGAAGGUUUCGAUGGCGAGGAAGGUUAUGGAACGUUUCCAAUCUGAUUCAAAUUUCCAACUCUUGCACGAUCGAAUCUCUGACUUCUUCACUGAUUGCUUGAAAUCUGAUCUUCAAUUUAUGAAUUCUGGAGAUUUCACGAAAAUCAGUCUCGCUGCGAAAUGGUGCCCUUCCAUCGAUUCGUCCUUUGAUCGAUCGACACUACUCUGUGAGAGCAUAGCGAGGAAGAUUUUCCCUCGCGAAUUGAAUCCAGAGUACAAAGAGAUCGAAGAGGCGCACUAUGCGUACAGAGUUCGCGACAGAUUGAGGACGGAUGUUUUGGUUCCACUCCGGAAGGUUUUGGAGCUGCCGGAGGUUUUCAUUGGAGCCAAUCGAUGGGAUUCGAUCCCUUACAACAGAGUGGCUUCUGUUGCAAUGAAAAACUACAAGGAAAAGUUCAUGAAACACGAUGGGGAGCGGUUUGCCCAAUACUUGAAAGACGUGAAGGACGGUAAGACCAAGAUCGCCGCCGGAGCACUGCUUCCUCACGAGAUCAUAUUGUCUUUAUUCGACGGACAGGAAGACGGUGGAGAAGUUGCAGAGCUUCAAUGGAAGAGAAUGGUGGAUGACUUGUUGAAGAAAGGGAAGUUGAGAGAAUGUAUUGCUGUUUGUGAUGUGUCCGGAAGUAUGAUGGGGAUUCCCAUGGAUGUUUGUGUUGGUUUGGGUCUUUUGGUUUCUGAAUUAAGCGAAGAUCCAUGGAAAGGGAAAGUGAUCACAUUCAGUGCAAACCCAGAGCUUCAUAUGAUCCAAGGGGACAGUCUGAAAUCAAAAGCGGAGUUCGUUAAGAGUAUGGAUUGGGGGGGUAAUACUGAUUUUCAGAAGGUUUUUGAUCAAAUUCUCAAAGUGGCUGUAGAUGGAAAGUUGAAGGAAGAACAAAUGAUAAAGAGAGUGUUUGUGUUCAGUGACAUGGAGUUCGAUCAAGCAUCACAGACCUCGUGGGAAACAGAUUACCAAGUUAUAGUCCGAAAGUUCACAGAAAAAGGGUAUGGAUCAGCUGUUCCACAGAUUGUGUUUUGGAACUUAAGAGAUUCGAGGGCGACGCCAGUGCCGUCCAACGAGAAGGGGGUGGCUUUGGUCAGUGGAUACUCAAAGAAUUUGAUGAACUUGUUUUUGGAUGGUGAUGGUGUCAUUCAACCGGAAGCCGUCAUGGAGAAAGCUAUCUCCGGCAAUGAGUACCAGAAGCUUGUUGUUCUUGAUUGAUCAAUCAAGGUACACAGUACAGUACAGUAGUUUUGUUUUUGUUUUUGUUUCUAUUUAUUUUCAUUUUAGGGAAAGUAUAUAGAAGGAAAAAUAGUGAAGAAGAAGGCUUGGUUAUUGCCGUUGUGCUCCACACUCUUGAAUUCAAAAAAUAAUCAAUUUUGUUUUUCUACCACAAGUCCAAAACUACUUUCACUGUUGUUGUUUUACUAUCAAUUCUAGACAACUUCAAUGGACAUGAUGGAUGCUGUAAAUGUAAGAGAUACAUUGUGUUUCAUUCUGAAUUGAAGUGUAGAUUGUGACUUCU